AUGGCGAUAACCAACAAGGAUGCCGAGAAGGGCAUCAAAGUCUCGGACCAGGAUGAGAAGAACCAACAGCAACCGCUCGAUAUCGAGGCCAAGACAGCCAAGGAUGAGAACCACCACGGAUCCCGCAUUUUCUCAUUGGAUAUGGCAGAUGCCCUGACUCCUGAUCGCGGCACCGAGGACAUGUUUAACACGAAAGAAAACAACAAAUUUGCGUUCGCACCUGGUCAUCUGAGCAAGCUCUUGAACCCGAAAAGUCACAAUGCCUUCUACGCUCUUGGAGGUCUUGCUGGCCUGGAGAAGGGUCUUCAAACCAAUCGCAAAACCGGUUUGGGUGUUGACGAAGACAAAUUGGAUCAUGCCGUUUCGUUCGAGGAAGUAGCCCACAAGGGAGUCCCAAAGUACGGCGCAUCUGGAAACACAGUUCCCCAGCCAGAAACCAAGGCGAAGAAUGACAUUCCCAUUCCACCUCCUCCAAGUGAAUACACUGGUGGUUUCUCCGACCGGAAACAUGCAUUUCGAGACAAUAGAUUGCCCGACAAGAAACAAAAGUCCUUUCUGCAGAUGGUAUGGAUCGCCUACAACGACAAGGUGUUGAUUUUGUUAUCGAUUGCCGCCAUCGUCUCUCUCGCACUGGGCUUAUACGAGACUUUUGGGCAAAGACAUGAACCGGGUGAAGCUAGAGUUGAAUGGGUUGAGGGUGUUGCCAUUAUGGUUGCCAUUGUGAUCGUCGUCAUGGUUGGCUCGAUCAAUGAUUGGCGAAUGCAGCAAAAGUUCAACACUCUCAACAAGAAAAAUGAUGAUCGUACUGUCAAAGUUAUCCGGUCUGGCAAGUCGGUGGAAAUAUCCGUCUACGACAUCGUCGUUGGCGAUGUCGUUCACCUCUCAACUGGUGACAUGGUACCUGUCGAUGGUAUCUUCAUUGAAGGUCACGGAGUCAAGUGCGACGAAUCGUCGGCCACAGGCGAGUCUGAUCUUCUCAAAAAGGUCGGUGCCGACGAAGUAUACGAGGCCCUCGACAAAAUGGCAAAAGACAACGUCGAUCGUCCCGAUAUUGAGAAGAUGGACCCAUUCAUCAUCUCCGGUAGCAAAAUUCAAGAAGGCACUGGUACUUUCUUGGCAACUGCUGUAGGCGUUAACUCCUCAUACGGCCGCAUUACCAUGUCUCUCAGGACCGAACAAGAAGAUACACCAUUGCAGAGAAAACUCAACAUCCUUGCAGAUUGGAUUGCGAAGGCUGGUUUCGCCGCUGCUUUACUGUUGUUUGUGGUCCUUUUCAUCAAGUUCUGCGUUGGACUUCCCACAAACAGUGGCACCCCGGAGCAGAAAGGCCAGCAGUUCCUGAAGCUCUUCAUUGUUUCGGUCACCGUAGUCGUGGUGGCGGUACCUGAGGGAUUACCUUUGGCUGUCACUCUGGCGCUGUCUUUCGCCACAUCGCGUAUGAUGAAAGACAACAAUUUGGUGCGAGUUCUCAAGGCUUGCGAGACCAUGGGCAACGCGACGACGAUUUGUUCAGACAAGACAGGAACCUUGACACAGAAUAAAAUGUCAGUCGUUGCCACGACACUUGGAAAAAGCAUCAGCUUCGGCGGUACUGAUGCCCCUCUCGAAUCCUCUAAGGAAGAGAAGCCAAAGAGUAGUACAUCCCCUUCCGACGAAACCCAUAUCAACUCAGUCCGAAACGUUUCAGCCGGAGACUUCGCCAAAGACCUUAGCUCCGAGACCAAGCAGCUUCUCAUCCAAGGUAAUGCCGUCAACUCCACUGCUUUUGAAGGAGACCAAGAUGGAGAGCACACUUUCAUUGGGUCCAAGACUGAAGUUGCGCUUCUCACUUUCAGCCGGGAUCAACUUGGAGCAGGGCCUGUAGAGGAAGAGCGAGCAAAUGCAAAUGUUGUUCAAGUUGUUCCCUUUGACUCAGCAGUCAAGUACAUGGCUACCGUGGUCAAGCUCUCCAAUGGGAAGUAUAGGGCUUACGUGAAGGGAGCCUCCGAAAUUCUUCUCGGGAAAUGCACCAAAGUGUUGGACAACCCGAGCAGUUCCGAUCUGAACAUCGUGGACCUGACAACGGAAGACAAGGACAUGUUCGCGCAAACCAUCGACUCUUACGCUGGCCAAACCCUUCGCACCAUUGGCUCUUCCUUCCGAGAUUUCGAUUCUUGGCCGCCGAAGGAAGCCGUCUCGGAGGAGGAUUCAAGAAGUGCAGACUUUGACAAGAUUCACCAAGACAUGACCCUCAUUGCAAUCUACGGCAUCAAAGACCCUCUGAGAUCUUCAGUCAUUGACGCUAUCAAGGACUGCAAUCGCGCAGGCGUCGUUGUCCGCAUGGUCACAGGUGACAAUAUCUUGACGGCAAGAGCAAUCGCCAAGGAAUGUGGCAUCUAUCAUCCCGAAGACGGCGGCAUCGCCAUGGAAGGUCCAACUUUCCGAAGGAAGACUGAGGAAGAACUCAAAGACAUCGUUCCCAAACUGCAAGUUCUUGCGCGUUCAAGUCCCGAAGACAAGAGGAUUCUUGUUCGAACCCUCAAGGAUCUCGGAGAGACGGUUGCUGUGACUGGAGACGGCACGAACGAUGCGCCCGCGCUCAAAUUGUCGGACAUUGGAUUCUCCAUGGGCAUCGCUGGCACUGAAGUCGCAAAAGAGGCAUCCGGUAUCAUUUUAAUGGACGAUAAUUUUGCUUCAAUCGUCAAAGCUUUGAUGUGGGGAAGAGCUGUAAAUGACUCCGUAAAAAAGUUCUUGCAGUUCCAACUGACCGUGAACGUCACCGCUGUUGUCUUGACGUUCGUCUCUGCAGUCGCCAGCCCGACCCAGGAGUCAGUGCUCAAUGCCGUCCAACUGCUCUGGGUCAACCUGAUCAUGGACACGUUCGCCGCGCUUGCACUUGCCACUGACCCGCCGACGCGGUCUGUCCUGGACCGCAAGCCUGAUAGGAAGUCUGCCUCACUUAUCACGUUGAGGAUGGCGAAGAUGAUCAUUGGGCAGGCCAUUUUACAGCUUGUCAUCACUUUUGUCCUGAACUUUGCUGGACGCAGUCUAUUGGGCUACGGCACGUCUGAAGACGAUACCAAGAGUCUCAAUACCCUUGUCUUCAACACGUUUGUCUGGCUGCAGAUCUUUAAUGAGCUCAACAACCGCCGCCUAGACAAUAGGUUCAACAUCUUUGAGAAUAUCACCAAGAACUACUUCUUCAUCGGAAUCAACCUGAUCAUGAUUGGUGGCCAGGUUCUCAUCAUUUUCAAGGGAGGCGAGGCAUUUCAGAUCCAUGCUUUGAAUGGCAAGGAAUGGGGCCUCUCUAUCGGUCUCGGCGCGAUUUCCCUUCCUUGGGGGGCCUUCAUCCGUCUCAUCCCCGACGCGUGGGUGGCGUCAUGCCUGCCAUGGUUCAUCCGUAAGAAGUGGGCGCCUGAUACCAUUUCAGAGAAACGCCUCGAAGAGCAUCGCAAAUUUACGGGCGGACUUGAACCUCCUCUGCGGACACACACUGGACUCAGAGGUCGCAGAGCGCAGGAGCACAUGCCAUUCCGACAGCGUAUGCACAAUGUCAAAGCCCAUGCGAAGGCGAAGAUGGGCGGUCAUGACCACAGCGUCUCACCUAUCAAGGAAGGUUGA